GCCGCAGACACAGUCAGUCACGCACACCUGCUCGCCGUGCACAGUCCUUGCUGGCGCUUGGAUGUCCAGCUAUGUCCACUGACCCAUCCACGCAUGCUGCCCAGCAUCUGCGCUUUGGAAGACUUCUAAGUGCGCCUUUUCUUCUUCUUCUUCUUCCACCGCCUGCUGUGAGUCCUCAAACGGCUUGUGGAGUAUAGUGGAGUAUCUCCCCACAACAACCUUCCUGUACACCUCCCGUAAUAAGACGGAUCGAGUAUACAGCUACAUCCAUGGAACUCUAACUAUGGAAUACCACUGGAUUCUGCUGCUGUCUUUUGUGCUGCAAUCUACCUUUCAUACAGGCUACACCAAGCCCACCAUUACCCCAGCUGGUUCCCACCUUGUUGUCCCGCUUCACGCGCCCUUUGACCUGCACUGCCAUGGCAAUAAGGAGAUGCAGUGGCAACAGGAGGGGCGUCAAAAGGUGCGAGGAGAACAGAGGGCGGACGGUGUGUCGGUGCUACGCAUCACCCGGGCUCAGCCGCUCCACAUGGGCCGCUACAUCUGCCUGGAGAGGACAAGUGGGCAGCAGACGUCCAUCUACGUCUACGUAAACGAUCCUGACAACCCUUUCAGGAAAUCGAUGGUGUUCAACAUUCUCACUCGCGUGGGCGAUGCUGCAUCCAUCCCCUGCCUGGCAACCGAUCCCAGUCUGACCAAUUUGCACCUGGAAACAUGUUCCAGCGUGCCUCUGGCUCUCGGUCUCAGUUUCUCCGCCAGCCUUGAGAAAGGCCUGGUCAUCCAAGACACGCAGAAGGCCUACGAAGGCUGCUAUGUGUGCACUGGGACACUGCAAGGGCGACGCGUCACCUCGCACUACUACCACCUGACAGUCAAGCCAGUGCCAGUGGCGCCCCCUGUUAUAGAGAUGCAAGUACCCGAACGGGUCAUUCUCACCCUGCAAGAGAGUCUGGUCCUCACCUGCAACACCACCAACGUCAACGGCGAGAUCAAGCUGAAAUGGGUCACGCCGCCUGGCUCGGGUGCCGUCUGGUAUCCACAGCAACCAGCAAAGGUUGAUGCUGCCUCGCGUAUCCUGGCCGAGCACUUCAAUCACAUGCGUGGCGCCACAUUGCACAUCGCCAACGUUAUGCACCAAGACGCUGGCCGUUACCAAUGCGAGGCUGAGAACGAAAAGGGAGUCAGCACACGGUCGGUGUGGUUAGACGUCAAUGAUAAAGGAUUCAUCAACUUAAUAUCGGCGAGCAACAGAACCAUCCACGUGCGAUCUGGUGACAGUUUUUCCCUCACGGUGAACAUUGAGGCUUAUCCCAAGCCCCACACCAUAUCGUGGAGCUUCAUGGGCCAAGAGCUGAAGAACACCAGUGACCAUGUCAUCACCACGCAAAGUCAUGGCUACAGGCACAGCAGUGAGCUGAGGUUGGUGCGACUGAAGAUGUCAGAAGGCGGCGUUUACACAUUUAAAGCCUCCAACCGUGAUGCCUCGCUGAAUGAGACCUUCACCAUUUUUGUCAUGACUAAACCUGAGAUUGUCUCUCACGAGGGCCCAGUAGAUGGGCAGGUGCGCUGUGUGGCCGAAGGUUUCCCUGCCCCGCAGAUCACAUGGUUCUAUUGCGAGCAGUCUUAUGUCAGGUGCUCCCAGCAGGUGAAUGCCACCCAGGAAGAGAACAACAUCAUUACCAUCACGCUGUUCAGUCCCAUGUUUGGCAAGACAGAGGUUGAGAGUCGGGUGAAUGUCAGCCGGGGACGCUUCAGCACCUUGGAGUGUGUGGCCACUGUGGAAGGGGAGCAGGCCUACACGCUCUUCUCCAUCAGUGAGAGAACUGUCCCCCAUGGUCUGUUCACGCCACUGCUGAUUGGCUCGGUAUCAGCAGCAUCCAUCCUCUGUCUGAUCCUUAUCAUGCUUUUCUACAAGUACCUGCAGAAGCCUAAAUAUCAGGUUCAGUGGAAGGUGAUUGAAGGAAUCCACGGGAACAACUACGUGUACAUUGACCCCACCCAGCUACCGUACGAUCACCAGUGGGAGUUUCCCAGAAACAACCUGCGUUUUGGGAAGACACUGGGUUCUGGCGCCUUUGGGAAAGUGGUGGAAGCGACGGCGUAUGGACUGUCCAAAGCGGACUCAGUCACCACGGUGGCGGUCAAGAUGCUCAAAUCGAGCGCUCAUGCCACUGAGAAGGAGGCCCUGAUGUCUGAACUGAAGGUCCUCAGCUACUUGGGCAACCACAUGAACAUUGUCAACCUGCUGGGAGCUUGUACUGUGGGAGGCCCCACGCUGGUGAUUACAGAGUACUGCUGCUUUGGUGACCUGCUUAACUUUCUGCGCAGGAAAAGAGAAUCUUUUAUCAUCUCUAAGAUGGAGGAAGAUAGCUACUAUCGGAACAUCCAGUCGCAGAGAGAAACUGCAGGUGACAGCUUGAACGGCUACAUGAGCAUGAGGCCUUCUGCCGCUGGCGAGCCGCCAUCAUCUUCAUCAUCACCAUCUUCAUCCGGCGAGAAGAGGUGCUCGUUCCGGAAAGGUGGUGGUUCCCACACUGGAGGAGACGACGAGGAAGAAAUGUUUGAUGACGAUGGUCUGUGUCUUGAUACUGAAGACCUUCUCAGCUUCUCCUACCAAGUGGCCAAAGGGAUGGAAUUCUUAGCCUCCAAGAAUUGUAUUCACAGAGACCUGGCAGCCAGGAACAUACUGCUGACUCAAGGACGGGUGGCAAAGAUCUGUGAUUUCGGGCUGGCACGCGACAUCACCACAGACUACAACUAUGUGGUCAAAGGCAACGCUCGCCUCCCAGUCAAAUGGAUGUCUCCGGAAAGCAUCUUUGAGUGUGUAUACACGUUUGAGAGUGAUGUGUGGUCAUACGGUAUCCUGCUCUGGGAGAUCUUCUCACUAGGAAACAGUCCUUAUCCUGGAAUGCCAGUGGACGCCAAGUUCUACAAGAUGAUUAAAGAAGGUUACAGGCUGGAGUCUCCGGAGUUUGCGCCCAGUGAAAUGUAUCAGAUUAUGCACUCCUGCUGGGAUGCCGAGCCCAUCAAGAGACCCUCAUUCAGGAAGGUUGUGGAGAGGAUCGAACAGCAGCUGUCUGAUGCCACCAAACAUAUCUAUCUGAACUUCAGCUCCAGGCUCAUGGUGUCACCCAGAAAUGCUACCACGGAGGAGGAUCCGAGCAUUCCGAGCUCUAGCACCAGCGCUCCCACUCAGCCUUUACUGGCCCAGCACGAGGUCUUCCUGGAGGGGACAGGCCUCGGAGCCCAGCGCGUGUGACAGCCCACCCAGCCCAUCUGUCUGGCUGGCCUCAUUGAAGAAGUGCCUCUCAUGUUCUGCUACCAUGACAAAACACUGCCCCUUAAAUAACCUUUACAAAUCACCACCUUGUGGCACUAAAACACUGGCCGCCCACAACGAAGAACAACAUUUCAUUAUUAUUAACAUGACUUUUUUGUCUGUGGCUUCAAGGGAGGACAGUUCAAAUGAUCCCCCCAGUGCCCCCAAUAUCAUUGUGCUUCAAGUCACAUCUGUCGUCUGUAUCUAUUGAAGUUUUUCUGUUUUAUUACAUUUUUUGUUAUUUGUCGUAUAUUGUUCGUAAAGGAAAAGUAAAAAACGCACUGGAGGCACUUCAUAUCAUUCCAUACAUAGUGCAGCUUUGGUGUUUUUUUUAUGUCAGUAUUAUUAUCAAAAUGAAGGUGACAUUUAUUCAGGGUUCAAUUUCAAAUGGAGCUACUGGGACACUGUUUAUAAUAAGCUAUUAGCUUUUGAGGAGCUUUCAGAUUCCUUUCACUGCCACGCCGCUGGACCACGUUGAUGGUCCCAAUGUACAAUACGGUACACAAGACCUUCACGGACAUGCUUUUUUGUCGCUGGGUUGCAAUUUAAUGUGAGUACGACAAAGGAGAAGCUACAUGUAAAAUAUGUGUUUCCAUCCCCUGUCCGACCAUUGUUUACAUGCUGUGGUACUGCCAUUUCUGAGAUUUGUUUUUUGUUUUUGUGUUGGCCGCGAGUACUACUGUUUUGGACUCAUCACUGUUGUACUAACAUUGGACUCAUUUGGCUGCAGGUCGUUAAGUGUUGUUCAUCUCAUUGUUCCUCUCGUCCUCCUUUGACUCCAGAUGUUCCCUACACAAAACUUCCUAUCUUUGUUAUGAAGAUCACCGGGAAAAGUGUCCUGUUUGUUAGCAUGAAUGAACAUUGUGUGUGUGCGUGUGUGUGUGAGAAAGAGAGAGAGAGAGAGAGAGAGAGAGAGAGAGAGAGAGCGAGAGAGAGAGAGACAGAAAAUGCAACAUCUUGUCUUUGUGUGCUUCUCUGAAUGUUUAAACCAAAUCAUUUUUAUUAUUACUAUUAUAUGAGGUGCCACUACUAUUCAUCAGACGAUUUGAAACCAGAUAAAACCAGUGUCGUUUUUGGGUGUUCGUUUACAUGGCAACAAUAUUUUGGAAGCAAAAAUAUUGGAAUAACAAAUAAUGAUUAACUAAUCAAUUGAUUGUCAUUUUUAUAACAAUAUUUAUUUUUGCUUGAUUAUCGCGUAGCUGUUCAGCAUCACAGAAUAAACUAGUUGAGACCGGAUCAACAGCACCUCUGCUGGUCACAGCGUAGUAGUGCACUCCAUUAUACCUCCAUGGCUUUAAGUCACGAUUAAAUGACAAUUAACUCCACUCAUUGACAGAUCGCAAAUCAGCCUUUUUUUUUGUUAUGUUACAUUGUACAUAUGGUGACAAAUAGUAUUUUGAGAACUAUUACGGAUAAAACCUGGCACUCAAUAUUUCCUGUUUACAUUAUUCGACAAUUAACACCACCCAAUUAAUUAAUUAAUCAAAUGCAAAAAUUAUAACCCAUCACAAAUUUGAAGUUUUAUUUGUUGUCUUUUACAUCUAAAUGCUGAAAGCAAUUGAAUUGGUUAGCAUAGGCAAGGCAAAACAAUGGCAGACCACGUGUCUCUCUUUGUUUUUAAACAUAUUGCCAGCUAAGAUUUGUUUGCGCUGCUUACAUCUGCCAAAUUCUCCAUAGUGUAUCUAAAAGACUAUUUGUGAAAAAACCCAGCACUCUUUUUUUUUUUUUUUCCCAAGACGCGGUUAACGGCUAUUGAUAGAAUUCUACGCUAUUAAAUCGACUGAUUAAUCGAAUGCUAUGCCCUUCUCUAAUGCAAAAAUCACAAAAAGGAUUUCUAAUUGAACUUUUUGGGGGGCAUUUGCAUCAAAAGGCUGAAAACAAUCAUUUACACAUGUGUGCUAAGUCUUGAUUUAUCUGCAUUUAAUUCCAUUCAACAGGUAGAAUUCUCAACAAUAUUAAGCAAUAAUUUCAAUUAUUAUAUUCCGUGUAAAAAAAAAAUACAUUUUUUUUGGUCAGUUUUUUGUUCGUUUCUUUACUGUGUUCGCUUUGCUGUCAUGUAACGAAUACCCAAAAACUCUGUACAGUACAUUUCAGUGUGCAUAUAUUGUAAAGUAUUGUCAGAAGGUGAUGAUCUUAAUGAAGAAAUGGUACAUGAAUAUCAAAAGUUCUGUUGCUGUUUUUCUCCAUGCUUGUACUUGGCGACUUGGUUGCCACGACAACAAUUUUUUUUUUCAUCAUUUCAGGAAGUAAACGAAGCCUGCCGGUCACAUUUUAAUGUUUUCCUCCCUCUGCAGUUUGCUUCAUAUUUAUUGAACCUGAGGCUUGAUGACUGCAGUGUUGCUGUGUAUAACGGUUGUGUUACAUGUGUCAUUGUAAAUAAAGAAAAGUCUAUAUUGAAUUACCAAUAAA